AUAUACAGUUAGGGCAGAGCCAAUGGAGUCCACUUCAGCUGCAUCAGGAAUGAGCGCAGCCAAGCGACAUAAUCGCCACUCCCCCACACAUUCCCCCGCCAUUUGGAUGCUGCUGCUGCCGCUGCUCGCGGCAGCUGCGACAACGGCAGCGCCGACUGCGACGCCAACAUCGACGUUAGCGUCGACCGCAGAUCGGCGUCGCUGUGCACACAAAGGCAUCGCGGAGCUGAUUCGCACCAGCCCCGUUAUUGUUAAGGCUCUCGCCGCUCGCAUUUUCACCGAUGCGGACCUGAGCGAGCAGGCAGCUGGGGCGUCCGUCUCCGUGUCGCAUGCUGCCGCAAUUUUAAUAACAUUAACACCGGAAACGAUAUACAAAGGUGCUUCGCUGCUCAAAAUGGCUAACGGCGCCGUUGCCCGCGAUGGCGAUAGCGAUGGCACGUUGGCUGCUGACGGAAUUUCCGGCAGCGGAGUGCGACGCGGCUUUGGCAGCGUCAGCGGCUCUAGCGCUUGGAGUGGCAGCGGUGCUGCCUAUCAAUAUGAGGGACAACUGAAUGCCACAUUGCAGCCACUGCAAUGCUUCGAUGCUAAUAUGCUGAAAAUGCUGCCCAUGGAAUUAAUUGCUUUUGGCAAAUUGCUGCCUGCCUCAGCGGUAACUGGCACGGGCUACCCCGCCACCUCGGAUGCCGGUGUGGCCUCGAGGCAGAUGCAGCGACCAUCACUGGGCUCAGCCUUGGGCGGUGGAGGUGCUGGUGACUUGCCCACUGACAAGGAUGUGCUUCACAUCAGCGUCAAUGGCCUGCAUCGAUGGUCGCCGCAAUUCGAGAAUCAUAUCUGGAAGCAUUUGGGCUGGGACGAUUGGAGCGAUUUUACGCUGUGCAGCGUCACCUGCGGCAAAGGUGUGCAACAGCGUUUCCGGCGCUGUCUGCUGGACAAUCCUCUCGUAGACAUAAACAUGAAUAUGAAUCUGAAUUUGGACGACGACGAUGAGGUCGAUGACGACGGGGAGGAGGAGGAGGAAGAGGAGGAGCAGCAGCAGCAGCAGCAGCAGCAGCACGAUGAACAGGACCAGAUACAGGAGGUGGAGGAUUCUGAAGUGGUUGCUGACGAGGCAAAUAAUGAUGUCAGUGCUGCUGCAGCUGCAACUGGAACAACAGCAGCCGCAUUCAAUGCUGAUAAUAAUGAAGUGCUCAGCCAUGACGACGCUGCCAACGAGGUUGAGGACGAUAGCGAGGAUGCCCUGUUGAUGAUGCAGCCAGCAGUUGGUGACUUCCAGCAGCCGAUGACCAAACUGCUGCAUAAAUUCACACAGACAACAACAGAAGCAGCAGCAGCAGCAGCAAAAUUCUCGUUGACUCCAACGACAGAUGCGCCAGUUGGACUAACAAGUGACGGUAAUGAAGCAGGGGCAGGCGGCACAGGUGUCCGCUUUGUGCCAGCGGCAGGAGUUGCACGUAAUGACGGUCGCCGGACACGCGCACAUAAUCAGCACAAGAAACGUAAGGCUGCCAAGAGUCUGGCGUUCUCCACUCUGCUGUGUGAGGGCUACAACAUCGAGCAGCGCAACUGCAACAGUUUUGAGUGCAGCGUUUUGCGUUCGUUGCCCCCAUUUACAGAUGAUAUCAGCGAUUUGCUCAAGUUCUAUAAAAAGCUGCCGAUGCCGGCCAACGAGGAGCUGCCAAUUGCGGCCAGCAAUGACAGUCUGCCAAUGGGUUUAUUGCCUGCUGAGUUGGCAGAUCUGACAACGGCAGGUUCUGUGGGUGUGGUCGCCUCGUCAACGCCCUCAAAUAUGGGCUACGUUCGCAGCUGGAGGAAUAUGCUUAACUUCACUCUGAUGAUCACACUGAGAGCCAAGAAUGAUACGAAAAAUGCGUCAACAAUUUUCUCCAUACGCAAUAUGACACACAAUCUGUAUCUGGAGGCUUGCCAGGAUGGACUGCGUUUGUAUCUGGAACGCGACAACACAACGGAAAUGUUGCCGGUGAAAUUCAAUUUAUAUGAUUAUCGUUGGCAUCAAGUGGCCAUUAGCAUACAAAAUGGCGAUUUCAUAUCGAUUUACGUCGAUUGCUUGUGGACAAACAGUUUUGUUGUCUCGAAGCGACUGUUUACGCUGCCCCUGGAUGCGGAUGUGGAAAUUGGACGUGGCUUUAAUGGGGAACUGCAGCAAUUGCUGGUCUUGCCGGAGCACCAGGAGCGGCUGCAGUGCAGCAACAAAAGGACAUCUAUUAACGAGGUGAAGCGCUACAUAAUCGACACAUUCAUCGAGGACUAUGGCAGCAAUUGAGGCGUUGCAUUUAAAUACACAUGACAAACAAAUCAAAUGCAAUUCCAAAUA